AUGUCAAUAGUAACAGUGCAGCUUGGUCAGUGUGGCAAUCAGAUUGGUUUUGAAGUGUUUGAUGCUUUAUUUAAUGACUCACACUGUCCUGGAGGACUCUGCUCUAAAAGGGAGAAUGAGGCAUAUCAAGCAUCUUGCAAAGAAAGGUUCUUCAGUGAGGAGGAAAAUGGAGUUCCAGUUGCUCGUGCUGUCCUUGUUGACAUGGAACGUAAGGUUAUCAGUCAAACACUGUCAAAAGCUGCCCGUUCUGGCCGGUGGAAAUAUGGCCAGCAUUCAUGCUUCUGUCAAAAACAAGGUUCCGGAAACAACUGGGCCUAUGGAUACUCUGUUCAUGGACCCAGGCAUAAAGAAUCUAUAAUGAACCUAAUCCAGAAGGAAGUGGAGAAAUGCGAUUCUUUGAGUGGCUUUUUCAUCAUAAUGAGUAUGGCUGGAGGCACCGGAUCCGGGCUAGGAGCCUUCGUUACUCAGAACUUACAAGAUCAGUACUCAAGUGCUUUGAAAAUGAAUCAGAUUAUAUGGCCUUAUGGAACUGGUGAGGUUAUUGUUCAGAACUACAACUCCAUUUUGACACUUUCUCACUUGUACCGAUCUUCAGACGCCCUCCUUGUUCAUGAGAAUGAUGCUGUUCAUAAGAUCUGUGCGAAGCUGAUGAAUAUCAAGCAGAUCUCCUUCUGUGAUAUAAAUCAAGUCCUCGCACAUCAGCUAGGAAGUGUGUUCCAGCCUACUUACUCCAGGGAAGGCUCAUUUCACUACAGGAGAAAUCCACUAGGAGACUUAAUGGAGAACUUAGUUCCCCAUCCAGAAUUCAAGAUGCUGGGUGUUCGUAACAUUCCUCAAAUGUCUGAGAAUUCACUGGCAUACAGCACAUUUACUUGGGCUGGCCUCCUCAAGCAUUUGAGACAGAUGCUCAUUUCUAAUGCGAAAAUGGAAGAAGGUAUUGAUUGGCAGGUUCGGCCACCUUUAUCAGGACUUCCUCCUCUUGGUAAAAUGUCUGUCAACAAAGAGACGCAUUUUAACACUUCCAUCGCUAACUUGGUCAUCCUUCGUGGGAAAGAUGUGCACAGUGCGGAUGUGGGAGCAUUUAAAGAUCCAGCUCUCUAUACUUCCUGGUUAGAGCCUGUUCAUGCUUUCAAUGUGUGGAAAACCCAGCGAGCCUUUAGGAAAUAUGAGAAGUCUGCAGCCUUGGUCAGCAAUAGCCAGUCCUUAGUAAAACCACUUGAUAUGAUUGUGGGUAAAGCGUGGAAUAUGUUUGCUUCAAGAGCCUACCUUCAUCAGUACACAAAAUUUGGAAUUGAAGAAGAGGAUUUUUUGGACAGUUUCACGUUGUUAGAACAGGUUAUUGCUAGUUACUGCAACCUCUGA